GAAAGAGGAAGAAAAAAAAUCACAGAGAUACAAUGUGUGACAGUCACAGCCCUCCACAGCACCGGACACUGUGGAAGAGCAUCCUGACGGACACCGGCCUAAGUGGUGCGAAUACUGAUCAACACUAUACUGGAAGCAGGAAGAGCAGGUGGGACCAUAUCCAUUCUGCUUCACUUGGGUUUUGUUAGAUAGAAAGAGAAACCUGUAUGAACUUUGCUUCUUAGAGCUGGGGCUUUACUAUUUGAUGGAUCAUGAUCCACUCUGGUUGGUCUCCACUGAACUCACCUGAGAUGUCAGGUGUUGAAACAUUGGCCUCCUAUGGGAUUGCGCUACACUUGUUUUAAUGUCUGCAGAAGUUUCUACACGUGUGAUAAUACAUCCAGAUGUUCAAAUCCCAAAUCUGACUGGAGACUCAAAGAAAAAGCAAAGAAAACAUCCCAGAAGUUGACAGCGAAGUGAGUAAAAGUUCAUGGGGCUGUGGUGUCUGUGGGUCGGGGGAUGGGACGGGUCAGCGCGUAGGUGGGUGUUGUGGGGAGGCCACGGCACACAAUCAGAGAUGGUUUCAACACAAACGCUUGACAAACAGAAGAGAAAACAGCAUUUACGCAUGGAGAAGCCUGAUUUCAUCUCAAGCCCGUGAAGUAUGGAGAAAGCUGUGCCAGGUCUGAUGUUGGGUCUCCUGACCAAUCACACAACUCCAAAUGACACGUCUGGCCAGCGCACAACCAAACCUACCCCUCCCAGCAUGGAGGAGGUUAUCCACUCGCAAUCCCAGAUUAAGGAUCUUGUUGGGCUGUUUUGCAUGGUGACCCUUAACCUGGCAGCACUACUGGGCAACAGCGGAGUCAUGGUGGCCAUUGCCCGAGCUCCUCAUAUGAAAAAAUAUGUGUUUGUGUGUCAUCUUUGUGCUGUUGACUUGCUUUGUGCUAUAUUGUUGAUGCCUCUCGGUAUAGUGUCUAGUUCUCCGUUCUUCAGCACUGUAGCGUUUACCGUUCUGGAGUGCCAGGUGUACAUCUUUUUAAACGUGUUCCUCAUCUGUGCCUCUAUUCUUACUGUGACUGCAAUCAGUAUUGAACGCUACUACUAUAUUGUUCAUCCUAUGCGAUACGAAGUAAAGAUGACUCUAAACCUUGCACUUGGUGUUAUGGUCUUCAUUUGGAUCAAAUCCAUUCUCCUGGCUUUGGUUACGCUUCUCGGUUGGCCAGCGUAUGGGAACCAAAGCUCCAUUGCAGCAGCCCAUUGCUCUUUACACUGGAGCCACAGUCGCCUCAGGAAGGUUUUUGCUAUUCUCUUCAGCGUGCUUUGCUUCUUGGUCCCCGCUGUUGUGAUUUUUGCAGUAUACUGCAAUGUAUACAAAGUCGCACGAACAGCUGCCCGUCAGCACGUACCAUUGCCCAGCUGGACGGCCGACCAAGCUAAGCGUCGCUCGGAUUCCAUCAACAGCCAGACCACUAUCAUCACCACCACCCGCAGCCUGCCCCAGAGAUUGUCUCCUGAGAGAGUUUUUGGUGGCGGAAAGGCUGCUAUCACUCUGGUUGUCAUUGUGGGCCAGUUUCUUAUCUGCUGGCUCCCAUACUUCAGUUUCCACCUUCAUAUGUCCAUCACCACUCCACUUCAGAGCCCAGGGGACAUCGAAGAGGCCGUCACAUGGCUAGCAUAUUCCACAUUUGCUGUUAAUCCAUUCUUCUACGGUCUUCUGAACAGACAGAUCCGCGAGGAACUGAUAAAACUGAGAAAAUGUUGCGGCAGUAGACCUGUUGAACUUCGAGCCUCCAGUCAUGAAGGUUCCAUCCAGGAAAACUUUCUUCAGUUUCUGCAAAGGACCAGCAGCACAGCUGAGACCACCAGGCCCAGUUGUGGCAAUUCAAGUCCAAGGAAUACUGUGGAUCAGGGUGCCAGGUUACCUGGCCAGAUCCCUGAGGAAUGACUUGGAAAAUGUGUGAGUACUGGUAUGAAUAAAGGUCAUGACUUUUGAAUUUUUGUUUUUAUUAAGAAGAGCAUUAUGUGCAUGACUCUAAUUCUAUAUUAAAUUCAUGCAAAAUCAGAUCUAAAUGCUCUUUGGACAAGUGUGAUCUAUUUAUCCAUUAUUUGUUGUUAUUGUUCCUAUUGAUCAGUGGCAACAGUAAGUAUUCAUUAUAAGAUUAAAUAUCAAAUUCCUUUUGUUACAUGUUGAUUUAUUUCCAUCUGUUAAAAUGUUGAGUUAAUUGAGAAUUGCUCUCAUUCAUAAUAUCAACAGUCAUACUCAAUAAUUACCAUUUUUUAAGUUUUGGCUGUUAAUGGCGCAUGUAGCCACUAUAUUGAUACUAUCAUGACACAAAUAGUCAUUAAUAAUAAUAAUAACAUGUAAAAAAAAAAUUCCCAGUGAAAAUAAUAAAAAAAAUUCUUACAUUUGA